AUGGCCGAAACAGUAUUCACUGCCCCUCUGUCGCAGGGCUUUGGCUAUGGCAUUGUCGUCGGUCUGGGCUUUGCCUUUGCCUUGUUGAUGAUCUUCAUUACCUGGGCUUUGAAAAGAUACCAACAUGAGGUGCAAACAUCAGAAAUGUUCUCCACUGCCGGCCGCACUGUCAAGUCCGGCCUGGUGGCAUCGGCUGUCGUCAGCAGUUGGACAUGGGCCGCAACGCUGCUCCAGUCUUCCACUGUCGCCUACGAGUAUGGCGUCUCAGGCCCGUUUUUCUAUGCAUCUGGUGCCACGGUCCAGAUUCUGCUCUUCGCGACUCUGGCCAUUGAGUUGAAGCGCCGGGCUCCCAACGCCCAUACCUUUCUCGAGGUCAUUAGAGCUCGUUACGGCACCCUUGUCCACUGCGUCUUUAUAGUGUUCUGUCUCAUGACAAACAUCCUUGUGACGGCCAUGUUGCUGACCGGAGGUUCUGCGGUUCUCAACUCCCUCACUGGCAUGUCGUCACCUGCGGCCUGUUUCUUGCUGCCAAUCGGCGUGGUCUUGUACACCGUCUUUGGUGGAAUCAAGGCUACGUUUAUUACCGAUUACCUGCAUACGAUUGUCAUUGUUGUCAUCAUCUUUGUCUUUGCUUUCAAUGCAUACGCAGUUAGCCCUGUUCUGGGCUCUCCCAGCAAGGUGUAUGAUAUCCUGACCGCAGUCGCCAAAGCCAGUCCCGUGGCCGGAAAUGCCGGUGGAAGCUAUCUGACCAUGCGUUCUCACGAAGGCGGCAUUUUUUUCGUCAUCAACCUCAUCGGUAACUUUGGCACAGUCUUCCUGGACAACGGAUAUUACAACAAAGCCAUUGCCGCCGGUCCCGUGCACGCAUUCCCCGGAUACGUCAUUGGAGGACUGUGCUGGUUCGCCAUCCCCUGGCUCUGUGCGACCACAAUGGGGUUAACGGCGCUUUCUCUGCAGGGAGAUUCAAUCCUCAGCUCGAGCGACGUCACGGCUGGGCUCGUUCUGCCGUACGCAGCAUCGCAGUUGAUGGGCUACGGAGGCGCAGUUGCCACUUGUCUGAUGAUCUUCAUGGCAGUCACAUCUGCAUUUUCCGCACAGCUGAUCGCUGUGUCCUCUGUUUUCACUUAUGAUAUCUACCAGGCAUACAUCAACCCGGCAGCAAAGGGCAAGAGACUCGUGUGGAUUUCUCACUCGGCCUGCGUUGUCUACGCGUUGAUAAUGGCGGGUUUCUCCACUGGUCUCGUUUACGCGGGUAUCACCAUGGGGUACUUGUAUCUAAUGAUGGGCGUGAUUAUAUCGGCUGCUGUCCUUCCUGGCUCGUUGAGUUUGCUGUGGAAAGGUCAGAACUGGAUUGCGGCCGCCUUGUCGCCGCCUUUGGGUCUCGGCGUUGCCUUGAUUGCCUGGUUGGUGACGGCAAAGUCGAUGUAUGGAGAAUUAACCGUUGCGACUACUGGUGAUAACUACCCCAUGCUUGCAGGCAACGUCGCCGCUCUUCUCAGUCCUCUCGUCUUCAUCCCACUUUUGACUCUGGUCUUCGGACAACAAAACUACGACUACGAAUCAAUGCGCAACAUCCGCAGAGUCGACGACUCCGAAGUCGCCGCAGCCGCACACGUAGAUCUGGAAUUGAUCCCCGGUAGCAACGAAACUGCAGCAGCGGCAACAACAGCUCCGUCACCGGAAGAAGAAGAAGAAACCAGAAAACUAAAUCGGGCGGCGUUUUGGGCUCGCACACUCACCGUCGCCAUGACUCUGUGUCUACUCAUCCUCUGGCCUAUGCCCAUGUAUGGCUCCGGGUAUGUGUUUAGCAAGAAAUUCUUCACGGGCUGGGUUGUUGUUGGGAUUAUCUGGCUGUUUUUCACGGGCUUCGGCGUCAUUAUUUUCCCCUUGUAUGAGGGUCGCGCGAGCAUUGCGCAUACGGUGCGGGCAAUGUUUUUGGAUGCCACGGGCAGAAAGAAACCGGUUACAGCUGGUAUGGCUGUGACUGCAAAUACCAGCCAGGAAGGCGACGCCAUGCCAUCGUCGCCGGAUGAGAAGUUGUCUGUUAAGAUUUGA